CAGCGCUGUGCGGCGCCGGCGGCCGCCGAGGCCUGGGUGGAAGUUGGCGCUGCUGCCGCCGCCCUGCAGCCCACUCGCUGCCUCGGCAGCGCGCUGCUCUUCUAAGAUGGCUGCCGCUACCGGUGCGGUGGCAGCCUCGGCCGCUUCGGGUCAGGCGGAAGGUAAAAAGAUCACCGAUCUGCGGGUCAUCGAUCUGAAGUCCGAGCUGAAGCGGCGGAACUUAGACAUCACCGGAGUCAAGACCGUGCUCAUCUCCCGACUCAAGCAGGCUAUUGAAGAGGAAGGAGGCGAUCCAGAUAAUAUUGAAUUAACUGUUUCAACUGAUACUCCAAACAAGAAACCAACUAAAGGCAAAGGUAAAAAACAUGAAGCAGACGAGUUGAGUGGAGAUGCUUCUGUGGAAGAUGAUGCUUUUAUCAAGGACUGUGAAUUGGAGAAUCAAGAGGCACAUGAGCAAGAUGGAAAUGAUGAACUAAAGGACUCUGAAGAAUUUGGUGAAAAUGAAGAAGAAAAUGUGCAUUCCAAGGAGUUACUCUCUGCAGAAGAAAACAAGAGAGCUCAUGAAUUAAUAGAGGCAGAAGGAAUAGAAGAUAUAGAAAAAGAGGACAUCGAAAGUCAGGAAAUUGAAGCUCAAGAAGGUGAAGAUGAUACCUUUCUAACAGCCCAAGAUGGUGAGGAAGAAGAAAAUGAGAAAGAUAUAGCAGGUUCUGGUGAUGGUACACAAGAAGUAUCUAAACCUCUUCCUUCAGAAGGGAGCCUAGCUGAGGCUGAUCACACAGCUCAUGAAGAGAUGGAAGCUCAUACGACUGUGAAAGAAGCUGAGGAUGACAACAUCUCGGUCACAAUCCAGGCUGAAGAUGCCAUCACCCUGGAUUUUGAUGGUGAUGACCUCCUAGAAACAGGUAAAAAUGUGAAAAUUACAGAUUCUGAAGCAAGUAAGCCAAAAGAUGGGCAGGACGCCAUUGCACAGAGCCCGGAGAAGGAAAGCAAGGAUUAUGAGAUGAAUGCGAACCAUAAAGAUGGUAAGAAGGAAGACUGCGUGAAGGGUGACCCUGUCGAGAAGGAAGCCAGAGAAAGUUCUAAGAAAGCAGAAUCUGGAGACAAAGAAAAGGAUACUUUGAAGAAAGGGCCCUCGUCUACUGGGGCCUCUGGUCAAGCAAAGAGCUCUUCAAAGGAAUCUAAAGACAGCAAGACAUCAUCUAAAGAUGACAAAGGAAGUACAAGUAGUACUAGUGGUAGCAGUGGAAGCUCAACUAAAAAUAUCUGGGUUAGUGGACUUUCAUCUAAUACCAAAGCUGCUGAUUUGAAGAACCUCUUUGGCAAAUAUGGAAAGGUUCUGAGUGCAAAAGUAGUUACAAAUGCUCGAAGUCCUGGGGCAAAAUGCUAUGGCAUUGUAACUAUGUCUUCAAGCACAGAGGUGUCCAGGUGUAUUGCACAUCUUCAUCGCACUGAGCUGCAUGGACAGCUGAUUUCUGUUGAAAAAGUAAAAGGUGAUCCCUCUAAGAAAGAAUUGAAGAAAGAAAAUGAUGAAAAGAGUAGUUCAAGAAGUUCCGGAGAUAAAAAAAAUAUGAGUGAUAGAAGUAGCAAGACACAAGCCUCUGUCAAAAAAGAAGAGAAAAGAUCAUCUGAGAAAUCUGAAAAAAAAGAAAGCAAGGAUACUAAGAAAAUAGAAGGUAAAGAUGAGAAGAAUGAUAAUGGAGCAAGUGGCCAAACAUCAGAAUCGAUUAAAAAAAGUGAAGAAAAGAAGCGAAUAAGUUCAAAGAGUCCAGGACAUAUGGUAAUAUUAGACCAAACUAAAGGAGAUCAUUGUAGACCAUCAAGAAGAGGAAGAUAUGAGAAAAUUCAUGGGAGAAGUAAGGAAAAGGAGAGAGCUAGUCUAGAUAAAAAAAGAGAUAAAGACUACAGAAGGAAAGAGAUCUUGCCUUUUGAAAAGAUGAAGGAACAAAGGUUGAGAGAACAUUUAGUUCGUUUUGAAAGGCUGCGACGAGCAAUGGAACUUCGAAGACGAAGAGAGAUUGCAGAGAGAGAGCGUCGAGAGCGAGAACGCAUUAGAAUAAUUCGUGAACGGGAAGAACGGGAACGCUUACAGAGAGAGAGAGAGCGCCUAGAAAUUGAAAGGCAAAAACUAGAGAGAGAGAGAAUGGAACGCGAACGCUUGGAAAGGGAACGCAUUCGUAUUGAACAGGAACGUCGUAAGGAAGCUGAACGGAUUGCUCGAGAAAGAGAGGAACUCAGAAGGCAACAACAGCAACUUCGUUAUGAACAAGAAAAAAGGAAUUCCUUGAAACGCCCACGUGAUGUAGAUCAUAGGCGAGAUGAUCCUUACUGGAGCGAGAAUAAAAAGUUGUCUCUAGAUACAGAUGCACGAUUUGGCCAUGGAUCUGACUACUCUCGCCAACAGAACAGAUUUAAUGACUUUGAUCACCGAGAGAGAGGCAGGUUUCCUGAGAGUUCAGCAGUACAGUCUUCAUCUUUUGAAAGGCGGGAUCGCUUUGUUGGUCAAAGUGAGGGGAAAAAAGCACGACCUACUGCACGAAGGGAAGAUCCAAGCUUUGAAAGAUAUCCCAAAAAUUUCAGUGACUCCAGAAGAAAUGAGCCUCCACCAAGAAACGAACUUAGAGAAUCAGACAGGCGAGAAGUUCGAGGGGAGCGAGACGAAAGGAGAACGGUGAUUAUUCAUGACAGGCCUGAUAUCACUCAUCCUAGACAUCCUCGAGAGACAGGGCCCAAUCCUUCCAGACCCACCAGCUGGAAAAGUGAAGGAAGCAUGUCCACUGACAAACGGGAAACAAGAGUCGAAAGGCCAGAACGAUCUGGGAGAGAAGUAUCAGGGCACAGUGUGAGAGGUGCUCCCCCUGGGAAUCGUAGCAGCGCUUCGGGGUACGGGAGCAGAGAGGGAGACAGAGGAGUCAUCACAGACCGAGGAGGUGGAUCACAGCACUAUGCUGAGGAGCGACAUGUGGUUGAACGCCAUGGACGGGACACAAGCGGACCAAGGAAAGAGUGGCAUGGUCCACCCUCUCAAGGGCCUAGCUAUCAUGAUACGAGGCGAAUGGGUGAUGGCCGGGCAGGAGCAGGCAUGAUAACCCAACAUUCAAGUAACGCAUCCCCAAUUAAUAGAAUUGUACAAAUCAGUGGCAAUUCCAUGCCAAGAGGAAGUGGCUCCGGAUUUAAGCCAUUUAAGGGUGGACCUCCACGACGAUUCUGAAAAUGAGCUCUCUGCCAUGGUUUUAUGAUAAUUUAUUGAAAUCUCCUGUAAACUUUACUUGACUACUUAUGAAAAGGACCUCUGACUUGCUUGAGGGUUCUGUCAGACUUUUCUUUUUAAAAAUUUAACAUGAUUGCUUUUCUCAAUUUUGGAGAAGAUGUUUAAAUAGUUCUGUUGUAACUUUUAAUAGUUUUGUGUAUCAUUCAACUUUUUUUCUUGCAGCACCGAGACACAUUUGAAAAGAUGGAAUUGAAGUCGUUUUGUUUAACGCCGUGUGACUAUAAAGAGUAGUUUGCAGCUGUGUGGUAGUGGUUUAAUUUGCAGCCUUAGCUCUGUGGUGUCUGGCUCUAGAGUUACUUCUUUUCACCAAGCAUUUUCAGCCUCCAUUUUGAAGGCUGUCUAUGCUUAAGAAGUCUUAGCUGUCUAAUUUUUAGAGAAUAAGAUUGUUCAUUGCAUUUCUGAGUAUUAUGUAACCUAUUUUUGCAGAAGGUACUGUUACAUUAAGUGCAUCUGUGUAUCCUGGUUUAAAAAAAUGUAAUCUUUUUUGAAAUAAACCUUCAUAUUCUGUAUAGUUGCUAAAGUGUUGAGAACCUUUUUAAUUGUAAAAUGAGAACUGAUUUUCAGUUUAGUGUAGCAGCACACUUGUUCAGGUUUGCAUGGUAUGAAACCAAAUAGAUUCAUGAAACCUUGGCCAUGAGGUUUGUUUCACAAGGUUCUUAGACCGAGUUGUGCAGGUAAGUGCACUUUUAGGUAAUCUGCACUGUUUGAUGGAUAAAUUCCAUCUCCGGGAAUUGUGUGGGUAUUAAUGUUUCCAUGUUCCCAACUAUGUUGAGAAGUGGAAAAAAACCCAGGUUCUAGAUGGGUGAAUCAGUUGGGUUUUGUAAAUACUUGUAUGUGGGAAGACAUUGUUGUCUUUUUGUGAAAAUAAAAAUCCACACCUCGAA